GUGGCGGGGGAGGAAGAGGAGGAGGAGGAGUGUAUGGACUGAACCCAUGACGAGUGCAGGCUGAGAAGAGGGGAAUACCGACAGACAGGUGCAGCAGUGAAAAGAGGAGAGAGCAUCUUCUGUCUUCUAUCUUCAGCCACAGCCAGACAGCCACGGAUCAUGGCGAACGCCACAGCUACCGUACCCCCCUCCCUCCCCGAGGCCAUCCCCAUGUCCCACGUUUCCCUGCAGGUACAGGAAGUCUACCCCUUCCACGACGGUUGGAACGUCGCCUGCUUCGUCAUCCUCCUGCUCUUCAUCCUCACCGUUCUGUCCCUGGCCGCUCUGGCCGUUCUCUACGAGUUACUGGACUGCGGCUGCUGCGCCAAAGGGAAAACGCGCCACCAGUUGCAGCAAGAAAGGUCGGGAAGCUGCAGCAAUCUCAUGACGAGAACAUGCAAGGAGCUGGAGAGCCACACGGAGGUGGUAUAGCAGCAGCACAGACAAAGGAAAAUGGAAGAGUUUGGGGUUGGGAUGCCCAAUUUAUUGCCAAAACAAGCACCCCUGAUACCAUAGACUGUCUAUUUGCAUGCAUCCAAUUCAGAGGCAAAGAAAAAAAUGAAUCAAUGUUCCAGAGUAUUCUGUACACAGAAACGUUUGCCGAGUUAGGGCUUUAAAGACUCAUGUCAUCUUUGUUUAGUUUUGUGUUUUUUUGCCGUUCUUCUAUGGUAAACACACAGUCGUGAAUUUGUAGACACAAUAAAGGUUUUCGUUUGGCUUCCCACAAACCCGAUAAAAGUUGAUGGAAAUCUUUUCUUUUGGGUUAAAAACAUUGUGGUAUGAUAAAAAAGAAUUGUUAUAAAUAAACAUGAUUCAUUUAAAUGGAUGUUAAGGCGAGCCGAAAGUUGUAAUUGUUUGUAGUGGAUGUAUAGAAAUCAGCUGCCACUCUCAUGUUACCAGGUGGAAAAUCUGACAUUUCUGAAACUUUUUUAACAGAUGAAGACGUUUAUUUUCCAAAAGCAACUAAAUGAAGUGAUAAAAUCUAGCGUUGGACGGCUGUUGGUCAAUGUGGUAUGUUGGCAUUUUCAUGAAGACAAACAUAAAAAGACUAAAGAAAAUCAAUAAAAAUGAGAUCUAACAAAA